GCCUGUUGAACGGAAUGACUCCGUGCAAGAGGGGCAAGAAAGCGCCUGCGGCGGCCGGCGUCGACCGCAUCAGCGCACUUCCGGAGGAGAUCCUCCACCAUGUCCUCUCUUUCCUACCGGCGCAGGAGGCCGUCCGUACGUGCCUGGUCGCACCGGGCUGGCGGCACCUCUGGAAGUUCACCGCAGGCCUGCGCAUCGUCGAAUUUGAGGGUGCGAGAUCUGUUAAGGAUGUCCGGGAAUUCGUGGACUAUCUGUUUAUCCUGCGUGGGUACGGGGAUCUUAACACUUUUGAGGUCGAGCUCUCUGAGUUCUCAGAAGAGGACGUGCUCUAUGUGAACCUAUGGACCCGUUUUGCUGUGUUCUGUAAAGUUCGUGCGCUCACCCUUCACCUCCAUGACAAUAAAUUCCUCGACAUAGAAGGCCAACCUCUUGUCUCUCGGGAGCUCAGGACAUUAGACCUUCGGGGAGUAUGCCUCCGAAGGGCCUUUCUUGAUUUUUCUAGCUGCCCAGCAUUGGAGGAUCUGAAGAUGCAAUAUUGCCAGAUUGAUGUUGAUAAGAUAUCGUCCCUGUCCCUGAAACGGUUGAGCAUCAUCUUUUGCCGUUCCGAUCAGUCUCAUCGAGUCCGCGUUUCUGCUCCAUGCCUCAUCUCUUUUACACUAGACAGCUUUGCUGGUAGAACCCCCCUGCUUGAAAGCAUGCCAAUGUUAGAGACUGCAGUUGUGGAACUUGGGCGUGCCUGCAGCGAUUUCUGUCAUAACUACAGAAAUCAGGGUUUCUGUGGUGCUAACGGUUCUAGAUGUGUGUAUUGUUUUUCUUACAAUGGUCAAAGCAGCAAUACCGUGCUUCUUGGAGCUAUCUACAAUGCUAAACAUCUCCGGUUGAUCUCUCCACUAGGAAUGGUGAUUUUUGCAAGGGAUUUGAAAAGUUGUCCGACAUUUAACAAGCUAAAGACUUUAUUACUCAAUGCCUACUGGUGCGUGGGCCCUGACUUUGAUGCACUAACUUGCAUUCUCAAACACUCUUCAGUUCUAGAGAAGCUCACUCUUCAGUUUGCUUUCGAGGUAUAUAUGUCAUCUGUAGAUGAUUGCUGCACUGUUGAAGUUUAUUGA